GGGGGUGUUUUAAGCAUUUAACCAUGAAAAUGUGAGUUUUGAAAAAUAACCAUGAGAUCCGCAUAGGGGGCUUUGCGGAUCCCUUUAAGCCUCUGCAGAAAGAAGAAUAGUACCGCGGAAAUGACGUGGCAUCACUAAAUAACAAAACAUAUGGUGGGUAUAAUGGUUCCGCAAAGGUGGCUCUAUGGAUCCAUUUAACAUUUAUGCAGAUCACUAAUAAUCACAAAGGAACAGUCGAAUAACGGGUAAAAUUGGAAAAUUGCCAAAACAAACCCAUUCCUAAUACCCUAAUUGCGGAAGAUUGUUGCGGAAAGAGGAAGGAGGUAAAUCGAACACGAUGAAUCGGUCAUUCAGAUGUGUUAUCCAAAUGGCUAUGGAACACAUCAUAGUAUUGCGUGGAUGGCCUGCAGAAUUAACUUUUAAAGGAGUGGUGGGGACUGUUUUGAGGAAGUUCAUUCCAAAACUAAAUAGUAGGCGACUUGAAUUAUUUCGAGAGACACCGUUUGGGAUCUUCAUUGGUAUGCCCACCCUAAAUGGUGACACGAUGCUCUGUCAUUUGAUGAUGUUGCAUGAGGUUUGUGAUGUGCUGGUAGCCAGGGCUGAGAGGUUUCGUUUCGAGUUACAAGGCAGGGUGGUGGAAUAUGGUGAAACUGAAUUUUGUUUGAUUAGCGAUUUGAGAUUUGGAUCUUAUGUUGAUUUGAAAGGUCUCAUAGGACGUGAUACAUAUGUGUGCUUUCUGUCGGUAGUGUAUGAGCUCGCUGAUAAUCUAUAUAAUUGGACCAGGUUUGCGUGGGGUACGUUUUUAUGGAGAUAUUUACGAGAUCAGACCAAUAUGGGUUCUGUGAAGAUGUUGAAGUAUACAGUGACCGAUUUUCACAUUCCAUUGAAGGUAUGGAUUUUGGAGACAUUUCCAGAAGCUUUGAGAUAUGCGCAUCACAUCGCAAAUGAAUUUCCAAGAAUGAGGGCAUGA